AUGUAUCAUCAACUUAACAAAGUGUCCGGUCGGCUUAUUGCUGCCACCAACUUGCAGAGUCCACUUUUCCCAGUGGUUCCUAUUGCUUUACAAAGGGUGGACCCACCGGCUAUCCAAUACAAUACCGCCCAUAUGUCGACUGUGUCUGAGUCUUGCUCCACUGAGCCAAGACGUCUCGUACCUGGUACCAACGUGCCCUACUCACCAUUGUCUCCUAAAAUCCGUGAACGUCAAGAACGUUUCCAGAAAGAGGAUGACAUCCCAGUUUUCUUAAAGGGUGGUCCAAUGGAUGGAAUUAUCUACAGACUCACAUUACUACUCUGUGCCGCUGGUCUUGUUGGCAUUGGUCACACUAUCUACAUCCAUGCUGUACCCAAAAAGUGA